GCGUCCAACUGCUCUUCUCUAUAAAAUACCAUCCUCCAUUGAAAAACGUUCAUUUUCUUCUUCUUAGAAAACUCUUCUCACUUGUUCCAAAAAAGCCCUCAGGGAAGAUGAGUUAUUACAACCAGCAGCAGCACCCUGUCGGCGUUCCGCCUCCUCAAGGUUAUCCUCCAGAAGGUUAUCCCAAGGAUGGGUAUCCACCGCCGGGGUACCCUCCCCAAGGGUAUGCGCAGGGAUACCCGCCACAGGGCCAGGGCUAUCCUCCGCAAGGCUACCCUCCGCAAGGUUACCCUCCGCAGUAUGCUCAGCCUCCGCCGAAGCAGAACAGCGGCCCUUCUUUCAUGGAAGGAUGUUUGGCCGCUCUUUGCUGUUGCUGUCUUUUGGAUGCAUGCUUUUGAGGGAUGGGUUUGCUGCAGCUAAUGGAGGCAUUUCAUUGUUCAAGUGUAAUUCACCCAUUGAUUGUUGAGGAUGGCCUUCAUGAACUGAUGGAUGGAAAUGGUAGGGUGUUUUUUUUUUUUUUUUUUUCAAGGUGGUGAGGAGUCUUGACUUUGGUUGGUAUAUAUAUAGAGGUUUGUGUGCUUUUUAAUGCCUCCUUCUCACUGCCUUUAUGUGCGUGGGUGACAUUAUCUUUUUGCUGUUAACUUUCAAAAAAUCAAAGGAGUCUCUGCUGCUCCACUUUGUUUGGGGUUAGGGAAGAAUAACAAUACAAGCAGACCUUGAUUCAAUUGAUAUUCUAUUUCUUUC